AUGCAACAGGAAGUGGAAAAGCCAUCCCGGGGGCCCCAAUCCCAAUUCCAGCAGGGUAAGCGGACUCCGUCGAACAUAACAAUUAUCCCCAUACUCAAGAGUAGCAUAGGCCACCAGAUCCCUGUUGAGCAUCACAAAAAGCCUGGCUUACAGGCUGAUAUGGAGAAUCCCAAGCCCACAUCAAGCAAAAUACCAACUGAAGACGGCGGAUAUCAGACCUACAAGGCGGCCGGCAAGCUGUCAGGGAAGAAAGCAAUCAUCACUGGUGGCGAUUCUGGAAUUGGUCGCGCCGUCGCGAUUCUUUUUGCUAUGGAAGGAGCGUCUAGCCUUAUUACGUACCUUCCUGAAGAAGAAAAAGAUGCGGUAGAGACAAAACGGCGGGUUGAAGAAGUCGGACAAGCCUGUCAUUGCUUGGCCGUUGACCUCCGCGAUAAGAAGAACUGUCAGAAAGUGGUUGACACGGCGGUUGAGACCUUAGGUGGUAUUGAUAUCCUCGUCAAUAAUGCUGGGACUCAAACAAUGAUUGAUGAUAUCAAAGAUCUGGAAGAGUCGCAAUGGGAGAGCACAUUUGACACUAACAUUCAUCCUAUUUUUUAUCUUUCGAAGUACGCACUGCCUCACAUGAAAAGCGGCUCUACGAUAAUCAAUUGCGCUUCCGUCAAUCACUACAUUGGCCGACCCGAUUUGCUGGACUAUACUUCGACAAAGGGGGCAAUUGUUGCUUUUACUCGAGGAUUAUCCAACCAGCAGGUUAAAAAUGGUAUCCGAGUGAACUGUGUGUGCCCUGGGCCAAUUUGGACCCCAUUGAUCCCGGCCACCAUGACCACUUCCGCUGAAGAACAAUUUAGUGGCACACCAAUGGGUCGUCCGGGACAACCCAGCGAGGUCGCAACUUGUUUCGUCUUCCUUGCAAGCCAAGAUAGUAGCUUCAUCUCUGGUCAAUGUUUGCAUCCAAACGGAGGGGUUGUGGUUAAUGGUUAA